AUGUUUACCAGACUUGUAAAAAAUGCCGCUACUUGCUCCUUAUUUAGUAACUUUAUGGGUAAUUGUGUCAACCCUUACUGUGGCAAAAGAUUAUUUUCCGGAGUAACAACUAAAAGCACUUGUACAACUACAUCCAACGCAUUUCUCACGUCUACCUUUGACAAACUCUACACCUAUGCAAAUCCUAUGGAAGUGAAGGGAAUAUGGAGAGCCCCUAGGCAAUUGGUGUUUAGCAAGGAACAAUUUGAUAAGGCCUAUCCCGAAGGUUACCACGGCAUGAGAAUUGGUUUACCGCCAAAAGAUUCGUGGAUGGCAAAAUACAUCGAUCCCAAAUAUGAUUCCAUAUCGCCUUUCCUGUGGACAAUAUUAUUUAUUUCGCCCAUCUUAUAUUACUCAAUUGUACAUUCGUUGUGGGAGAUAGGCCUUUUGCCAUCCAAAUCACACUCACAUUAA